GCUGGCGGAAUAGCGGGAACAUCUGUAGACGUGAUUUUAUAUCCACUAGAUACAAUCAAAACCAGAUUACAAUCGAAGUCUGGAUUUUAUUCUUCGGGAGGAUUUCGUGGAAUUUAUUCGGGAUUAACGAGCGUCAUUAUUGGAAGCGCCCCCGGAG